AUGGCAAGUUAUGAGACACACAUCCCGAGGCGAGGCGAUAGACGCACUAUCAAGUCUACAUUACAUCAAGAUGCAGUUGCUUUCAACGCCGAUGGCCACCCAAGUAAGAAUAGUUCCACCAAGGAAGCUUCGCCCAAGCGACUGUUCAAUUUUACCCAAAUCUUUCUUUUCUCACUCACCUAUCUUUCGAGCUGGGAAACGCAAGCUUUAAACUUAAGUACAGUCCUCUCAAACGGCGGCCCAGAAGCGCUAGUAUGGGGGAUUGUAAUUGUGAUAUUUGGAGCGAUGGCUCAAUCUGCAUCGCUAGCGGAGAUGGCAUCAAUGCAACCAAUUGCCGGGGCUCAAUACCACUGGACACACUACCUGGCACCCCAAAGCCAGAAGAAAUUUAUCACUUGGAUGCAGGGUUGGGUGACCUGGUUCGCAUGGAUCUCCACACUUGCCGGCGUUGCAAACACCACUGCCACGAUGAUCCAAGGCCUAGCGAGUGUCAACUUCCCCGAGUACGAAGCAAAGCAAUGGCACAUAACCUUGAUCAUCAUCGGCAUGCUGGUUGUGGAGUCAUUAAUGAACAUGUAUACAUUUUGGCUCAUUCCGUGGAUUGAAAUGAUGGCGGGUAUACUGCACAUCUGCCUUUUGAUCGUCUUCCUGGUGGUCCUUACAACUCUGGCACCUCGUCACACCCCAGAAUUCGUCUUUCUACGCACGCAGAAUACAUCGGGUUGGUCGACCUUCCCUGCAUGGAACAUUGGUCUGCUCACCCCUGUGUGGGGAUUUGUUGGCUUUGACGGGGUAGUCCAUAUGAGCGAAGAGGUCCGUCGAGCAAAGCAGGCAGUUCCGCGAUCAAUAUUUUAUACCGUUGUCAUGAACGGUAUUCUGGCGUACGCAAUGGUGGUGUGUUUGCUCUUCACAAUGGGCUCGAUUGAAGAAGCGCAGAAAUCACCAUUCCCGAUAAUCGAGAUCUGUCGCCAAGCAACUGGCUCCGUGAAAGCCGCCACUGCGAUGGUGACCGGGCUGCUUGUGAUCUCACUGUCAGUGAAUCUAGCGAGUAUCGCGUCUGUCUCACGGUUGACGUGGGCGUGGGCUCGUGACGGAGCCCUGCCUCGGUGGUUUGCUCAUAUUGACCGUAAACAUAAUGUACCCAUACGCGCUGUCUGGCUCCCAGUUCUUAUCGUUAUGGCUUUGGCUUGUUUGAACAUCUUGGAUGGGGCGGCCUUCGGAGCAUUCGUGGCAUUAGGAUCGAUUGGCCUGUUUGUGUCGUAUUUUAUCGCCAUCCUUUGUAUGGUGCAUAAUCGGUUUCAAAGGCAUGCUGCGCCUAUGGGUAACUGGAACAUGGGUAGAUGGGGCCUUUCGAUUAAUGUUUUUGCUCUGAUAUACACGGCUUGGGUGUCCGUGUGGCUGGCAUUCCCAUCCUCGGUCCCGGUUACUGGAGAAAACAUGAAUUAUGCAGGACCUAUUUUUGGUGCUACUACUUUGUUCGCUUUUGUUUACUGGUUUAUCAAAGGUGCUAGCUGGGAGGGAUUGAACAAGGAAGUCGUUCGGCUGGUUGUGGAAGCUGGUGAAGUCCAAUUGAGAUGA